GGUCGCCGUGGUUAACGGCGGAGCGCCGGCGGAGCUGCCCUCUUCGAGGGUGCCGCCGGAUUCGCUCGCUUCGAUGGGCGCUGCGGCGCUCCGGCGGGGCUUCCCUCUGGGAGGGUGCCGCCGAUUCUAGCGCUCGCGGAAGCCGGGUUUCUGGGCUUUAGGGAGGCACCCUGCGCCCGAGCUGGGCCGCUGGGGGGCUUCCUGAAGCCUCGAGCUGCUGCUCGACGCGCGGUGUAGCUCGCUUUGGCCGCGCGGCCGGCUAGCUUCACUGGGAGAGCUCCACAAGCAAGAGCCACGAAUCGGCCCGUUACGGCGUCGCUGGCCCUGGGGACGCGCGCUGGCGGCUUGGAGGGUCCCUGGGGGCGUGCGCUGGCGGCUUUUCCAGCCGAAAAAGGGGCGCCCCCGGCUGAAUUAAGCAACAAUUGCGCCUCGCGAGCAAUAAAAGUCCGCAAAGUUUUGGCCCCCCAGCUGCUUCCUAGACCUCUUUUCCGCCCGUCCGAGCCCCUCGUGGUCGGCCGCGGCGAGAAAAAACCGAAACCGCGCAUGCACUUAGUGCGUGCGGGGUCUCCACCUUUUAUGAGCGCCGAGCCAGACUGAGAGGCGCUCGCUCGGUCUCUGAUGCGGCCGUAGGCCUGGGGCGACGCUGCGCACCCGGCCUCGGCUGCCGCUCCAAGCAACAAGCUCACAAGCUCCAGAGAUAACAUCGGGGCAGCCUUUUUGGAGAUGCGCCUACUACACCUCCUCCUCACACUCACCACUGUCAACGCCGCGAGCUGGCUCACGCGCUGGGCCGACGACGCGGACUGUAUUGAUGGAGUACGAGAAUUGGAAGUCCUAUGCGUGGAUGACGACUUAGUAGUAGCAGACGCCGAGUGCACCGCCACAAAACCAUCAACAACAACAUCCUGCAUGGACACGGUCACCAAAAUAAUCGAUGCGAAUGAAGGCGACGACGCGAACAACGGCACGGAGGCCUUUCCGCUAAGAACGCUGAGGGAGUGCAUACAACGGUUCGGGUUCAAAUGGAGUUCCAACAAGAAUUCACCAGACGAGCAACUCCCACAGCUCGUGUGCGCUCUCAAAGGCGGCAUCUACAACGACGAACCCAGUACGCCGUUGGACAGCGCGGACCAUCUUUUGGUCAGACCCUACGAUCACAAUAAAGUUAUUUUUGAUGGAACGGACGCCUUCUGGGACGUCCGGUGGGCGCGGCACCAUACUUUCGAGGAUGUGGUCACCGCCGCAAUACCCUUCACGCGCCGCCCAGAAGUACUGGUCGCGGGCCACAACAUCAUGUGCGCCAACGAAAGUAGUAUUGUUGAUGGGAAUCACGACCCCAAGGCCGGCUAUGGGACGGCGCGCGCUCCAUGCUUCGCCUGGUCGCCUGAUGACGCCUGGGUGUUAGGUGAUGCGGCCUUCGCGCUGGACGACGCCGUCGCCGUCUAUGAACGGGGCGAGACCCUUGAUGAGGAUCGGAACGUGCCCUGGUUCUGGGUCGACGAACGAAAGGGCGAGGUCCACGUCGACACCAGUAAAGCCCCAUCGACAUACCCGAUCCGCGUCAAGAACGCGACGAGGAGGGAUGUGUUGUCUAUUGAUGAUGGCUGCCACCGCAUCCAUGUGCGCGACUUGUAUUUUUACGGGACGUCGUGCUGCGGCGCCGGCCCGGCGUACAACUCCUUACAGUCGACGGAUCUGAGGCUUACCCGGUCAAGGUUUCUGUACGCUCCGGUCGACGGGAUUAGAUUAAAGUCCACGAAGCAGACGAAACGCGGCGGUACGCCCUACGUGAAAUUCGAGAACAACACGGCGGAGUUUGGCGAAGGUGCGUUGUACUACAAGGGCACCGGUGCUCGCAUUCUCGGGAAUUAUUUCGCGUUCAAUUCGUUCGAGCAGCGGACGGCCUACACGUUGAAUAACAUGGCCCAGCGGUCGGUGGUGGCGCACAACACGUUGCUAUCUGUGUGGAAGUCAAAGUUUUACGCCGUCGAAGCGGCGCCUGCUCGAUGGCGUGGCGAUGCCGGUUCCUCGCCGCUCGACCGAGCCAGGACGGCCGCGUCAUCAUCGAGAAAUGACUUAGUGAAGAAUUGUCGGGUGCACCCGACGCACUGGUUGAUUUCCACACAGGUUGCUCUAUAAUGGCGAUAAAGCAGGGCACUACUCGUGGGCGCGCGGGAAUAUCCACCACCACAAUCUCGUAAUAGGACAGGACUUCUUAGGUCCCCAGUUCGACGCCGCGGUCUUCCACGCGUUGACGGGCGCCCAAGAAGGCUUGGUGAUUGAGUACAACUGGGUCCUCGGUCCUUCCCUCGUGAGCUUCGCGAGGUUAGAUACCGCGCAGUCGACCCAACCUGACGAAGCAGGUAGGUAUACCACAAUCAAACACAACGUGCACAUGGGCCUGGGCAUGACGACGAAGGGCUACAACCACACCAUCGAGCACAAUACCGGUAGUAGAUUUUUACAAGUUGAAAGUUGGGCCUCCAUCGACGACCACAACUUGUAUACCGUGGCGAGGUACAACGCGCACUCCGAGGUGAAGAGUCGCGGUUCUACGCUGGAGUUUGAUGCCAUCCCGGGCUACGCUUCUCUCAAUCUCUGCGGAGAUCUAGUAGUUUGCAACCCGCGCAAUCAUACUGCACCACCAGAAUUAACGAGGCAGCUCCUCCCCUUGACCGACGGCGUCCAGGAGGAAUUGAUAAACGGCGCCUGGCCCGCCGUCGACACGUCGGGCGUCGGGGAAGGGGAAGAUUCGUUUAAUGAGGCUGGGGUUAUUGACGGCGACGACCUGCUCGGGUUGUUCGAGCCGCACGAGAUCGGGACGCCGACGGCCGAGGCCAUGGACUUCCGACCGAAGGCCGACGGGAAACUGGUCUGGAGCUGUAGCGACUGUGCUGGAGACGGGGGCACCUAUAACUACGUCGACCAGAAACCGUCGUGGACCGAUUUUGAUGAUUACGCCGGCGCAUAUAGUGUAGACGACGAGCUCUGGGUGCCGGGCUGCCACGACUGCGUCACGGGUGGAAAGUUUGGUGGAGGCGUGUUUCCUUAUACUCCGCCGGAGUUCGCUCCUACUUCAUCCCCUACAGCUAUGCCCACCACUCCCAUGCCGACGCCCAAGCCGACGACGACGGCGGCCCCCGUCAUCUCGUGGGCCCCGACGCCGCGGCCGGUACGCGUGGUGCAGACGCAAGCACCCGCCGCCUUAUUCGUUGUGAGCGGCGAGCUCUACUUCGAGGGGAUCACGUGUGAAUACGUCGAUUCCAACGUCGACGUCUUCGUCGCUGCCAUCGCCGACCUGUGCAGCGUGGACGCGGCCGCUGUCAGCGUGGCGUGCGCCGUCAGCGAUGGCGAUGCGCCGUCGCGCGGCGUGCGGCGGUUACAAACCGACGGCGUCAUCGUGACCUACGAAGUGAGCGUCGAAACUGCGGACGAAGCGGCGGCCAUCGCGGCCGCGAUCGAGGGCAUUUCGACCGACGACGUCGAUGUCGCCCUCGACAAAGCCGCGAGCGACGCGGGCGUCGACCUCGGGGCCGCGGAAACCACGGCCGUCGGCGCGCCCGCGUGGGACUCGCCGGCGCCGACGCCGCUGCCCACCGCCUGGCUGUCGUCAAAAAAGAACAAGAAGGCCACGCAAAUGGUCGUCAUCAUCAGCGUCUGCGUCUGCGUCGGCUUCUGCUGCCUGGUCGCCGCCUGCGGCAUCGUCGUGACCUACGCCCGGCGAUCGAACAAGACGCCCGGCUUGCAGGAGCCCUCCGCGCCGCCGCUCGAGGCCAUUCCCGUGCCGCACUUCUUCUCGCGGCGGAAGAAGCAGCAUAACGCGUCCGCGCCGCCGCUGGACAUCCCGGUCGCGCAGCCGGUGGGGAAGAUCUAGUCCCAAUUCGAAGAACUAACAACAAGUUUUAAGCCUGAGGAUUUCGAGUUCUGCGGUUUGUCGAGUUUCUCCGGUUUGUCGAGUUUCUCCGGUU